AGUUCCUUCUCCCAAACCCCAAUUACCAAUUUUCACUCCUCGAAGACAACACCCAUCUCUGCAAAAAUCACAUACUCAGUCCCAAAGACCAAGAGAAAGACCCACAAUCACAUCUCCCAUGGCUUCAACCACAGAAGCCAAACCCUUCUCAGUUCUCUUUGUGUGCCUUGGCAACAUCUGCAGAAGCCCAGCAGCUGAGGGCGUCUUCGCUGACUUGGUCAAUAAAAGAGGCCUCGAUUCCAAGUUCAAGAUUGAUUCUGCAGGAACCAUCAAUUACCAUGAGGGUAAUGAAGCAGACCCAAGAAUGAGGGCUGCUGCUAAGAGGCGUGGAAUCCAGAUAACUUCAAUAUCAAGGCCAAUUCGACCCUCUGAUUUCAGAGAUUUUGAUCUCAUUCUUGCUAUGGACAAGCAAAACAGAGAUGAUAUACUUAGAGCCCUGGAGAGGUGGAAAGUAAGGGAGAAUUUACCUGCUGAUGCACAUAAGAAGGUUCGGUUGAUGUGCUCCUACUGCAAGAAGCAUGAUGAAAGUGAAGUUCCUGAUCCAUACUAUGGUGGGUCCCAAGGUUUUGAGAAGAUGAAAUUUAAAUCAAAAGUUUUUUUGAAGGAUUACGGGGCCUUAGUGAUCUUGCACAAAAGUUGGUAGUGACACAGAAAAAUGAUGUGUAUCCAUUAGUUUACAGACUUAUGACACUAGCAUUAAUUUUUCCUGUUGCUACUACUACAAUAGAAAGAGUAUUUUCUGUCAUGAAACUUGUCAAGACCCGGCUACGCAAUCGAAUUAGAGAUUAAUGAUUGAAUGGCAAUUUAGUUGUGUAUAUUGAAGAUGAUAUAUUUAAUGAAAUUGAUAGUGAUGUCAUUAUACGACGUUAUCAAAAUAUGAAAACGGAUCGAGAACAAUUAUGGUGAUUUAUUGAUAUAUUUUUUUAAUAUUAUAUUUGUUGAGCAUCGUGAGAUUGGAUUGAUCAUGUGUGCGUGCGUGCAUGGUCAUGUUUUUGGAGUAUGAGAUAAGGAGAUAUGCAGCAGAUUAUUGAGGAGAUAAAUCUACAUCUAUUCCAAAGAUUUAGGAGAAGAUUUCUCUCCUUAAUCUAUUGUUGUUUGUUUGUAUUUUAAAUUCCUAUUUUUUAGGUAGCUUGUGUAUUUAAAGAAGUGGCUUGUAUCAUUUAUUCAGUGUGGGAAUAUAUGGGCUUCCCUAUUCAUUCCUUAGAGGCAUAUUUCUCUAAGAAUUCUACAUGGUAUCAGAGCCUUGAUCUUAGCCUGAUACAGCCUGUAGCCCCUUCAUCGGUUUUAGUUUUCUUCAAGUGCCUUCAUUGCACAGACCACAUCCCUUCAUCGGUUUUGUUUCUUCAUAUUCAAGUGCCUUCAUAGCACAACCCAUUGCUCCUUCAUCGGUUCUUCUUCAUCUUUCACAACCUGGAUUGUUUCUUCUAGGACCCAUUCUCUUCUGAAACCCUAUUACACAAAUCAGAAGCCAUGUCUGAUAUCUCAGAAACAACAACCCAAACCAUGACUUCUGGAGACAUCAGUUCAGUUGAUGUAUCCAAUGGAGGAGGAGAACUACCAGGUGUUUAUCAAUCCUACCGGCUAGAUGGUAGAAAUUAUCUCCAAUGGGCCCAGCUUAUCAAAAAUUUUUUUAAGGGUCGUGGGAAAAGUGGCCACCUAACCGGAUUACCCCCUAAGAAGGAGGAUCUAUCUUUCACAACAUGGGAUGUGGAAGAUUCCAGGAUCAUGUCAUGGAUUUGGAGCACCAUGCAACCAGAAAUUAGCAAGAACUAUAUGUUCUUGAGCACGACAAGGGAGACAUGGGAAACUGUCCAGCAAACUUACUCUAAGUUCAAGGAUGCAUCGGUGAUUUUUGAGGUAAAAACUAAGAUGAGUGCCACAAAACAAGAUUAGUUAUUAGUUACAAAUUAUUUCAAUAAAAUGAAAGGGUUAUGGUUAGAACUAGAUCAAUAUCAAGCACUACGUCAGAUCAGGGGAUCUGACAGGGAAUUUCUUCCAGAAUUGAGGAAGAAGAGGGAAUUGGCGGGAAGAAGGAGAGAUAGGAAUCAGAGGGAAAGAAGGAGAGAAAGAGAAAGAGAGAAAACAGAGAUUGAAAAUUGGAGGGAAAGGACUUGUGGAAUAAUUUUCACAUAUCCCUAUCCUCACUAGAAGUUUCUUAUUUAUAAGGGGUGGUUACAAACAAGAGACUUCCUCUAACUACUUCUCGUGAGCUCCCAAGUGGCCAUGUGCCGACUGGAAACUAAUUAUAGUUACACCACUCUCCCAAUUACCAUGUUAUCCCUUCCCUAAUUACGGACUUGCCCUUGGGCUAUGACACACUAAAGAUGGUUUGUAGUGAGGAUGCUGCCACCCUAAAUCAGAUGCUUGAAAGGGACUGAAUUGUUGAGUUCUUGGCAGGUCUAAACCCUGAGUUUGAUCAGGUUAGGGGUCAAGUUUUGGGUAAGGAAAAACUUCCUAGCCCAAAUGAGGUUUUUGCCAUCAUAAGGAGUGAAGAGAAUAGAAUAGAAGAUAUGCUAUGCUUACAGAACAUAUCAUUGAAGGAUCAGCUCUUGUGACCAGCAACAAAGGAGGAAGAACUAAAUUUGGAAAACCAGCUGUUCUUAACCGAGGGGCAAUGGUGUACCGUGUACAUUUUGUAAGAAGCCACGGCAUGCCAGGGAAACAUGCUUCAAGUUGCAUGGAAAAGAAGCUGUUUUGAGCUGAGUUGGAGGCUUCAAGAACAUGAAACCUCAGAGCUAUAUAUCCAACGAAGAAACUGAGGAGGUUGCAGAUAAAGGGGGCGUAACUGAGGCAGAUUCUACUCAGCUAAACCCAGAAGAAUUAAGCAAGCUAAAAGCCUUCCUCAAGACAUUCCAAGAUGGAACAUCUUGCUUACUGGUGCAGCAAGGUAAAUCACUAACUUAUGGGAUUUUUUCAGCCCCUAAAUUUGAUAGGAAUAACAUGUGGAUCCUUGAUUCAGGAGCCACAGACAAUAUGACCCCUUGUUUACAUGUUUUUGACACCUAUGAACCUUUUAAAACCACUAAACACAUUACCAUUGCAAAUGGAACAUCAGUGCCUAUUUCUAGAAAAGGCACAGUUUCUUUUAACCCUUGGCUGCCCUUUGAUAAUGUUUUUCAUGUUCCAAAAUUGACAGCAAGUUUGAUUUCUAUUCACAAACUAACAAAGGACUUGAAUUGUUUUGCUAUUUUUUCUCCUCACAUGUGUAAGUUUCCGGCCAAGGACUCAGAGAAGAUGAUUGGUGUGUGGCUAAGGAGCACAAUGGACUCUAUAUAUAGGAACGACAGAACACUUAUUCUAAAGGAAAAUAGAAUGGGAAGGCUUGUUUAUUUCAAUCUGCUUCUAAUAUCUCUUCUAUUUGGUUGCAUCAUUUUAGGUUAGGUCAUCUGCCAUUUGCUUUGUUAAAACAAAUGUUCCCUACUUUGUUCAAUUCUUUAGAUCCAAGCAUUUUCCAAUGUGAUGAAUGUAUUGUAGCAAAAAUCAUAGGGUUUCUUAUUCAAUCAGCAAUAAAUUUUCUUCUCAACCAUUUAAUCUAAUUCAUUCAGAUGUUUGGGGUCCAUCUAAGAUUGCAAACUGUUAUGGGGCAAAAUGGUUUAAAUCUUUUAUUGAUGAUUGUACUUGUAUGUGUUGGGUAUUCCUUCUAAAAGAUAAGGCUGCCAUUGGGACUGUUUUACCCUCCUUUUGCAAAAUAAUUUACACCUAAUUUGGCACUCAUAUCAAGAAGUUUAGGACUGAUAAUGCAAGGGAUUAUUUUAAUAAUCACUUGCAUCAGUACUUCCAACAAGAGGGUAUUAUUCAUGAAUUCUCUUGUAUUGAUACUCCACAACAAAAUGGAGUAACUGAAAAGAAAAUGAGACAACUUCUCAAUGUCACCUGCGCCCUCCUUCAUCAUCAUCAUGUUCCAAAAAAUUUUUGGGGAGAAGCUGUGUUAACAGCCACCUAUGUUAUAAAUAGGGUUCCCUCUAAAGUGCUGGAAAAUAGAAGUCCAUUCCAACAGUUAGCAACUUUGUUCCCAGACCUUACUCUCCAUUCUUCCUUACCUCUUAGAGUAUUUGGGUGUGUUAAUUUUGUACACAUACCCAAAGUCCAUAGGGACAAGUUGGAUCCUAGGGCUCUUAGGUGUGUUUUUCUUGGGUAUUCUCCUACUAAAAAGGUUUAUAAAUGCUACCAUCCAACCACUUGAAAGUUUUUUGUCUCAAAAGAUGUGACUUUCCUUGAAAAUCAAUCUUUCUUUGAAGUUCCUUCAUCUGGACAGCAGGAAAAUUCCCUUAGACCUACUGAUCUAGAGCUCGAGAACCUAUUACCUACCCUUGAUAUAACCCCUAAUGAUCCCAUUAUGUCUACUGCCCCUAUGCAUAUAUCCCAACUGCAUUCUGAUGAACAAGCUAUGCCUAAGCUGUCAACUCCUAUUAGAUUCAAGGGUUCGCCAUUUGUGUUCAAGAGAAAGGAGUCCAUGGAUGAGCCGCAACCACUGUCAGCAUCAACCAUUGAUCCUAGCUUGGAAGUUGCCCGUCAUGAGGAAGACUCAACCAACACCUCUAACCCCUCAGCUCAUCAGCUUGACCCAACAGAAUUAAACCUACACAUGGCUAUCCGCAAAGGGGUUAAAACUUGUACAAAACACCCAAUAGCCAACUAUUUGUCCUAUCAUCGCCUAUCCCAAAAACAUAGAGGCUUCCUUCAUUGGAUGCUAUUGUUAUUCCUAAAUCAGUGGAAGAGGCUAUAAAAGAUCCCAAAUGGAAGGAGGGCUAUGUUAGAAGAGAUGAGGGCACUUCAAAAGAAUCAUAUAUGGGAAUUGGUACCUAAACCCAAGGGGGGUAAAAUCAGUGGGCGGCAAAUGGAUUUUUAAUGUGAAAUGUAAAGUGGAUGGUACACUUGAUAGUUUUAAAGCAUGGCUUAUCGCCAAAGGCUAUACACAGUCUUAUGGCGUUGACUACCUUGAAACAUUUGCUCAUGUAGCUAAAAUGACUACUGUACGGGUUCUCAUAGCAUUGGUAGCCAAUUGUGGGUGGAAGUUACAACAAUUAGAUGUGAAAAAUCCAUUUUUGCAUGGGGACCUUUAAAAAGAAGUUUUCAUGGAGGUCCCACCAGGUUUACAACAUGUGGCAGCAAGACAUGGACAAGUGUGUAAACUCAAGAAGGCCCUAUAUAGGCUUAAGCAAUCCCCACGGGCCUAGUUUGGAAGAUUCUUGAAGGCAAUGACAUCUAUGCGAUAUCACCCAAGUAGAGGGGAUCAUACUCUCUUCAUCAAACACAUCGGAGAGAAGGUAACUAUCCUACUUGUCUAUGUAGAUAUAUUGUAGUGACUAGGAAUGAUUUAAAUAAACAAGGUCAUCUAAAGAGGAAUUUCGCUCAAGAAUUUAAAAUAAAGGACCUUGGUCCACUAGAAUACUUCCUAGGUAUUUAGGUGCUUACUCACAAAAAUGUAUUUUUUUGUCCCAAAGAAAGUAUGUGCUAGACUUGCUUGCUGAAACAGGUUUGUUAGGGGGAAAAGGAGCUAAAAUUCCAGUUGAUCCUAACCUAAAAUUGCAAGGAAAUGAAAGUGAGAUAGUAGUGGAUAAAGGGAGGUUCCAACGUGUGGUAGGCAGGCUAAUUUACCUUUCCUAUACUAGGCCUGACAUAGCUUUUGUUAUUAGUCUAGUAAGCCAAUUUACGCAUAACCCUACUAAAGAUUACAUGAAUGCUGUGAGGAGGAUCCUAAGUUAUCUUAAAGCUACACCUGGUAAGCGCAUUUUAUUUACCCCAGGAGCAAGUUUGAAAAUUUAGAGAUACAUAGAUGCAGAUUAUGGUGGAUCUCUUGUUGACCGCAGAUCUACAACUGAAUAUUGUGUCUUCCUAAAAGGGAAUUUGGUGUCUUGGAGAAGUAAGAAGUAAGGAGUGGUGGCUAAAUCCAGUGCUGAGGCUGAAUUUCGAGCCAUGGCCCUUAGUGUAUGUGAGCUGUUAUGGUUACAAAUUAUUCUAGAAGAUCUAAAGGUUCCAGUGCAAAGACCUAUUGAACUUUUCGAGGACAAUCAAUCAGGCAUUAGCAUUGCUCAUAAUCCUGUACAGUAUGACAUGACUAAGCAUAUUAAAAUUGACCAAUAUUUUCUUAAGGAAAAAUUGGAUUCUAGGCUUUUCCAAAUCUCCUACAUUCGCUCCACUCGACAAGUAGCAGAUUUACUUACCAAAGGACUGCCUGGUGCUCAAUUUGAAACUCUGGUAAGCAAGCUAGGGAUGAUUGACAUCCACUCUCUAGCUUGAGGAGGCAUGUUGAGCGUCAUGAGAUUGGAUUGAUCAUGUGUGCAUGCGUGCAUAGUCAUGUUUUUGGAAGAUGAGAUAAGGAGAUAUGCAGCAGAUUAUUGAGGAGAUAAAUCUACAUCUAUUCCUAAGAUUUAGGAGAAGAUUUCUCCCCUUAAUCUAUUGUUGUUUGUUUGUAUUUUAAAUGUUGUUUUUGUAUUUUAAAUUCCUAGUGUUUAGGUAGCUUGUGUAUUUAAAGAAGUGGCCUGUAUUAUUUAUUCAGUGUGGGAAUAUACGGGCUUCCCUAUUCAUUCCUUAGAGGCAUAUUUCUUUGAGAAUUUUACAAUAUUAUUUCAAAAAAAAAUUUGCUAUUUAAUUUUUGCCC